CACGGCAUUUGAAGAUCAUCUGAAGCGAAGAUAAAACAUCUCAAAAAUUAUAAUCGCUUCUACUUCUCAUUCCGAAAAUCCGGUGCAUACAAAAUCAGCCUCUGUUGUAUCUUCAGAUUCGAUUUCAACUUCUGCAGACAACUUUUCUCCUGAUUUGAGGGUCCUGAGGGAAUCUAAUAAAUUAGCAGAAAUGGAAGAACCACCUUUGCUUCCAGGAGAAACUAUUAAAGAUAUGGCCAACGACGUAACUUAUAUAUGUCCCUUCACCGGUGGUGCUACACGAGGAACGCUGACCGACACCAACUACAGGCUAUAUUUCACAAGCAUGGAGCGGGAUACUCCAUUUGUUCUAGAUGCUUCUCUUGGUGUAAUUAGUAAAGUAGAAAAAAUUGGUGGUGCCUCUAGUCGAGGUGAAAAUUCUUAUGGACUGGAAACUGUAUGCAAGGAUAUUAGGAAUUUGCAAUUUGCUUGUAAACCUGAGGGGCGAACAAGAUCUACAUUUGAGAAUCUGAUGAAAUAUGUGUUUCCUGUUUCUAACAGCCCGCCUUUGUUUGCUUUUGAGUACAAAGAAGUAUUUCCUGAGAAUGGAUGGAAACUCUAUGACCCUCUUUUGGAAUAUCGAAGGCAGGGCAUUCCAAAGGAGAGCUGGAGAGUAUCAAAGGUAAAUGAGCGCUAUGAACUCUCUGACACAUACCCUGCCCUCUUGGUCGUGCCAGCAAAUAUUCCUGAUGAAGAGCUAAAGAGAGUGGCAUCCUUCAGGUCCGGGGGCCGAAUCCCAGUUUUAUCAUGGAUUCAUCCUGCAAGUCAAGCCACAAUCACUGGAUGCAGCCAGCCCAUGGUAGGAGUGAGUGGAAAGCGAAGCAAGGAGGAUGAGAAAUACCUUCAAGCCAUCAUGGAUUCUAAAGCUCAGUCGCAUAAAAUCUUUAUUUUUGAUGCUCGGCCCAGCGUUAAUGCUGUAGCCAGUAAGGCCAAGGGUGGAGGUUAUGAAAGUGAAGAUGCCUAUCAAAAUGCAGAGCUGGUUUUUCUGGCUAUCUAUAAUAUUCAUGUGAUGAGAGAAUCAUUACGAAAACUUAAGGAGAUCCUGUACCCCAACAUUGAAGAGACUCACUGGUUGUCUAACUUGGAGUCUACUCAUUGGCUAGAACAUAUUAAGCUUAUCCUUGCAGGGACUCUUAGGAUUGCCGACAAGGUGGAGUCAGGGAAAACAUCAGUGGCGGUGCACUGCAGCGACGGCUGGGACCGCACAGCUCAGCUCACCUCCCUGGCCAUGCUCAUGCUGCAUGGCUACUACAGAACCAUACAAGGGUUCCAAGUCCUUGUGGAGAAGGAGUGGCUAAGCUUUGGACAUCGAUUCCAGCUGAGAAUUGGUCAUGGAGAUAAGAACCACGCAGAUGCGGACAGAUCGCCUGUUUUCCUCCAAUUUAUUGACUGUGUCUGGCAAGUGACAAGACAGUUCCCUACGGCCUUUGAGUUCAAUGAAUACUUCCUCAUUACCAUUCUGGACCACCUUUACAGCUGUUUAUUUGGGACAUUCCUCUGUAAUAGUGAACAGCAAAGAGGAAAAGAGAAUCCUAAAAGGACUGUGUCACUGUGGUCUUAUAUCAACAGCCAGCUACAGGACUUCACCAAUCCUCUCUAUGGGAGCUACUCCAAUCACAUUCUCUAUCCAGUAGCCAGCAUGCGCCAUUUAGAGCUCUGGGUGGGAUAUUACAUAAGGUGGAAUCUGAGGAUGAAACCCCAGGAGCCUGUUCAUAACGGAUAUAAGGAACUUCUUGUAAAACGCGCAGAGCUCCAGAAGAAAGUAGAGGAAUUACAGAGAGAGAUUUCCAACCGGUCAACUUCUUCCUCAGAGAGAGGAAGCUCCCCUGCACAGUGUGCCACUCCGGUCCAGACAGUAGUGUAAGAGGACUGGGGCUGCUUAUCAAACAGACUCAUUGUAGGGCCACUCCAUGGCCCGUCUGUGGGGGGAAAGUCCACAUGCGUACUAUUUAGAUCUGCCUCCAAUGAGUUGAACUGUGUAGCAGUGUGCAUCCAGUUCCUAACAUCUGUCUUUUACCCUGGCAUCUGAAGAACAAAAUGGGAUAAAGUGUGCUACAAAGGAAUGUGUUUUGUGAGAUCAUCUAAUAGGGGGCCUAGUGUACAACAGAUCAAAGUCAUUUAACACACCCUUUCUCCAGUUUUCCUUCUAGUGUAAGUAGUAAAGAAAAAUUACUGCUGAUAUUAUUUA